CUCCUUCUCCUCCUCCUCCCCGGGGCGGAGGAAGGCAGCCGCCCGCAGCUGGCACUGCAGGCGGUGGCCGGGCAGAGCGGCUGCUCCGGGGAGUCUGAUUUCCAGCCCUGGUUAUUAAUAACCCCCCCCCGCCCCAUGCUAAGCCCAUGUGCAGCGCAGAGCCGGAGGUGCUGGGCUCCAGGGGAGGAAGGGACCUGAUGGCAGAGCCCGAACGCCCUUCAGAGCUGCAGCUGGAUGAAGCUGGAGUAUCCUCAUCCUCGCAGGGAGCAGCUGCAGGUGCUGCUCCACACCUGGACCUUUCGCACAGCCCAUUAGACCCAGCUUUGAGUGUGGGGGUGACGCCCUUGCACAGGGACAGCCCAGACACCUGCCAGGAGCUGCAGGCAGGCGACGGGGACACUUCCUUGGAGCUCAACAUGCCAGGGUCCCAGCUGGAUGAGGAUGCAGCUGGGGUGGGGAUCCCGCUGGAUGUGGAUGUGGCAGGGAUCCCACUGGAUGUGGAUACAGAGGGAGCAGGGAUCCCACUGGAUGUGGAUACAGAGGGAGCAGGGAUCCCGCUGGAUGUGGAUGCCGGUGGGACAGGGAUCCCGCUGGAUGUGGAUGCAGAUGGAGUAGACAUCCCGCUGGACGUGGAUACAGAGGGAGCAGGGAUCCCACUGGAUGUGGAUGCAGAUAGAGUAGAGAUCCUGCUGGAUGUGGAUGAGGCAGGGAUCCCACUGGACUUGGAUGUAGGUGGGACAGGGAUCCCGCUGGACGUGGAUGCAGGUGGAGCAGGAUUGCCGCUGUACAUGGACACAGACGGGGCAGGGGUCCCAACCAACACAGACACAGACGGGGCAGGGAUCCCUCUGGCCAUGGAUGCAGAGGGGGCAGGCAACCCCCCGGAUGCAGAUGGCGUGGAGCAUCAGUGCCUGACCCUGGAAGAGCUGGGGGAAUACUUCCAGGAGUGCAUCGAAGCCGUGGAGCAGCUGGAGAAAGAGCGGGACAGCCUGAUCGCGGAGCUGGCGCAGCUGCGGGAGCCGGCGCUGCAGGAGAUCCGCCAUGCCCACGAGGAGAUCCAGGCCGCCUGCCGGCUGCUGGCCAAGGUGGAGCUGGAGAGGGACAACCUGAAGGAUGAGAUCCGGCAGAUCAAGCAGAAGCUGUUCAAGGUGACGAAGGAGUGCGUGGCUUGCCAGUACCAGCUGGAGAGCCGGCGGCACGACCUCUCCCAGCACGCCGCGUACCGGGGCGAGCUGGAGAGCCAGGCUGGGCAGCUCUCCGGCGAGCUGUCCCGCCUCAAGGAGACCUGUGAGAAGGAGAAGGAGGUUUUGAGGCAGCGGCUGGAGACGCCGCCGUGUCGGCAGGAUAACCUGUACCUGCAGGAGAGCCGCCGGCUCUCCAUGGAGUUCGAGAGCUUCGUGGCAGAGAGCCGGCGGGGUUUGGAGGAGCAUUACGAGCCCCAGCUGCUGCGGCUGCUGGAGAGACGCGAGGCGGGGGCCAGAGCGCUGCAGGAGAUGCAGGGGGAGAUCCAGGGCAUGAAGGAAGCCCUGCGGCCCUUGCAGGGGGAGGUCAGCCGCCUGCGGCUGCAGAACCGCAGCCUGGAGGAGCAGAUCGUCCUCGUCAAGCAGAAGCGGGACGAAGAGGUCGGGCAGUACCGGGAGCAGGUGGAGGAGCUGGAGGACAGGCUGAAGGAGCUGAAGAACGGGGUCCAGCUCCAGCAGCGCAAGAACCAGGAGCUGGAGGAGCUGAGGACCAGCCUGCACCGCGAGCUCUCCAUCUACAAGGGCUGCUUAGAAAUCUACGGCCACCUUUGCAAGUCAGAAGAAAAAGCGGAACAGGACUGUUGAACACUGAGUUUUCCUCCAUAGGACAGAGUAUCUGCUGGGACGUCUCCGCUGCUCCUGCCCAACGUGCAGCAGUUGCACCAAGUCAGAAUUACCAGAAAAAUCACUUGUAUUUCUCAAGGUGCUGCUGUUGAUCGUGUAAUGAAACUGCUUUUCCACCGAGGAGCAGAGAAAAUAAUACUUGCACUGAACAAUGGACAGAUAUGAAGAAUAACAGAUGUAUGUUUUGCUGUGCUUGGAAAAACAAAUGUAUCUUGUCUUGUUCCAUAGGUGGAUUGUGUGAAUUGCACAGGAAUUAUUGUGCUGGAAGCCACUGUAAAGGGGUUGAUUUUCAAAGUUUACAUGCAAGAGAAGCUUUAUCCUUUUAACAGGAUUCUUUCUUUUGUAUUUCAAGGGUCUGCUGUAUUGUGACAUGCUCCACCGUGGAGACUAGAAACGUUUGUGGAGGUUUCCACUUCAUAUAAGUCUCACACUGAAAAUAAAGGUCAGAGUUUAAGGAGC